AUGGAGGCCAGUAGCAUAUGCAAGGGCAGUUCUAAUUCCCCAAAGCAUUCUGCACUUAUCUUCAUCAUCUUCUUGUUGAGCAUAAGAGCAUACUGCAACGAUAGUCUACAGGCAACGGAGGAGAGUAGCUGCUUGGAGAAUGAAAGAAGUGCUCUGCUCGCCAUCAAGUCCGACAUGUAUGACCCAGGCGACUGGUUCUCGUCUUGGAUCGGUCGUGACUGCUGCAAGUGGAGAGGAGUGGGCUGCGACAACAUCACUGGCCACGUUACAGAGCUCGAUCUUCACAGCCCCUACCCUUACUACGUCUAUGAAGAAGAUCCAAUUUUGUAUCAGAUGGACAGUUUCAGUCCUGGGAGAAUUGGUGCGAGUAAGCUGAACCCUUCCCUGGAAGAGCUAAAGCAUUUGAAGUAUUUGGACUUGAGCAUGAACAACUUCUCCUUUGCCCACAUCCCCAAUAUGAUUGCUUCUCUCGUCCACUUGGAGUAUCUCAACCUAUCAAGAACUCUGUUUUGUGGGUUAGUUCCUCCUCAAUUCGGUAACCUCUCCAGCCUGCGUUACCUCGAUCUUAAUGGAUGCGUCAACUCAUUAUAUUACACUUUCAAAUCAUGUAUUCGCGCUGGUGGACUCCAAUGGCUCUCUCCUUCAUUGGAGUAUCUUGAUAUGAGCUGCGUCGACCUUUCGAGAGCAACCAAUUGGCUUCAGGAAAUUAAUUCACUCGGCACUUUUCAAGUGUUAAAUUUGGGGAAUGCAGAACUCCCGCCUGUUACAUCCCCACUGCCCUCUUUUAAUCUGACAUCCAUCUCCCAGCUUAGUCUCUUUCACUAUCAGAACUUCACUAAUGCCAUGCUCAAUUGGCUGUCUAAUGCUAGCAACCUCCGAUAUCUUGAUCUCCGCAAGUGCUAUUCUGGACUUCAUGUGGAGCAACUGCAAGUUUCUUUUAGUGCUCUUCCUAAUUUAAAGAAAUUAGAAAUAGCAAGCAAUCUCAUCAAGGGAGAAAUUUCUGGAAUUCUAAGUAAUAUCAGCACCAGACUGCAGUAUUUGGAUUUGAGCGGCAAUGAAGUUAGCGGAGAAAUUGCAGAUAUCUUGUGGAAUCUUAGGCACUUGGAGUACCUCAAUUUAGAUUCUACCUAUGUGAGGGGGUACUUACCACAUGUCAUGGAGAAUCUCACAAGGAUAAGACACUUGAGUGUAUCAAAUACUCAUAUAGCAGGACAUAUUCCAGAAACAGUGGGGAAACUUGUCAAUUUGAGGUUUCUUGAUUUGUCACACAACAAUGUCACUGGAGUGAUACCAUGGAGCAUGGGAAACCUUACAAACUUGGUAGUCUUAUAUUUGGGGAAGAGCAACCUGACAGGAUCAAUCCCAGAAACUUUUGGUAAUCUCACUAAUUUGGAGUUGUUAUUUCUAUAUGACAGUAAUGUUUCUGGACAGGUACCAGAAUCCAUUGGCAAACUUCAAAAAUUACGUGCUUUAAAUCUUGAAAAUAAUUUACUUAUUGGUCAGAUACCUGAGUCGAUUGGUGGGCUCUAUAACUUAGAAAUUUUGAACAUACCCGAAAACAACCUAAUAGGGCAGAUACCUGAGUCGAUAGGUGGACUCGCUAACUUAGAAAUUUUGGAUAUAUCCGAAAACAACCUACUAGGGCAGAUACCCAGGACUUUUGGUAAUCUCUGCAACUUGAUCGAUCUUGACUUAUCACACAACAGUAUUGGAAGAGAACUAACGGAUUUGAUCGAUGGCUUGUCCAAUUGUACUAAAGGCUCUCUCCUAAGAGUCUUAUAUCUUGAUGGCAACAAUUUGAGUGGUUUGAUCCCUCCAAGUGUAGGUCAAUUACAUCAACUAGAGGAACUCUCGCUACCUCACAACUCAUUUCAGCGUCUAACUGGAAGUCAUCUCCAGGGUAACCUUUCUCCUUUCUUUUGCAGUACGAAACUCCAAGUCCUCGACUUAUCUUCCAAUGAAUUGUCUGGUGAAGUACCAAAAUGCCCUGAUCAAUUUCCUACCUCUCUAGUCUCUCUCCACUUGAAUGAUAAUUCUCUCUCUGGAACUUUUCCAACCUUCUUAAAGAAUUCUAAAGAGUUGGUAAUUCUUGAUCUCGGUGAAAAUAAAUUUUCUGGAGAAAUACCAAUGUGGAUAGCACAGAGCCUUGCAUCAUUGAAGAUUCUUCGCUUGCACUCAAACUUACUUCAUGGUACUAUCCCCACAGCCAUAGCAAGUAUCAAGUCCCUCCAACUUUUGGAUCUUUCUUCAAACCGUCUUCAUGGUAAUAUACCUUCGUCUCUUGGCAAUCUCAGUGCAAUGGCUGUAAUUUUUUCAUCAGAUUCUUUAUACCAUGACUCACAUUAUGAUGAGACAUUAAUAAUAACAGCGAAAGGUUCUUCCUACGAAUACACUGAUGAGCUCCGAUUGGUGCGAAGCAUGGACCUGUCAAAUAACAAUCUUUCUGGUGAAAUUCCAAAUGAGCUGACAUAUCUUCUUGGAUUGCAUUUUCUUAACUUAUCCAUGAAUCAUUUAACUGGGAGGAUUCCGGAAAAGAUAGGCGGCAUGUCUCAGUUAGAAUCUUUGGACUUAUCCAUGAACAAUCUCACAGGAGAGGUUCCUGCGAGCUUAUCUGCUCUUUCUUUCUUGGGGUAUUUGAAUCUGUCCUACAAUAACUUGUCAGGAAGAAUCCCAGAAAGCACACAGUUGUCAACCUUCAACGCCUCAAUCUAUGCUGGUAACGAAGGUCUAUGCGGAUCACCACUGCCACAGUGCUCAAGUCAUGCAACUUUUCAGGUUCCAUCUGAACAAACACAGGCAGACAAGAUUGGACGUGUGAUACAAUACAGCAGCAUUACAAUCGGAUUUAUUGUUGGCUUUUGGGGUUUCAUUGGAAUCAUGAUCCUGAAAAAAGAAGUUAGAGUCUCUCUCUUCCAAUGGCUGGACAAGACCUGCGAUCAUAUUUAUGUUCAGUUGGCACUAAAGCUCAAGAAGGUGAAGCCACUACAUGAAGAGGAAAACUAG